AUGGCAAGUUUUCCAGGCAUGGAGCGAACCCUCCACUUACGAACUGCCCACGAAGAACUUGUCUCUCAUCAAUGUGGAAUUUGUAAAAGGAAGUUCCGUCACCAAAGCUACCUCGGUGCGCACAUGGUGAUGCGGCACAAAGAUGGGGAUAAGAAAUUGUCCUGUGUCAAAUGCGGGAAGAAAUUCUGCCUCGAGGAGAACUUGGCGAGACAUUUGAAACUGCAUGACGUCGACGGGACGAAACCCGUCGUUUGUGACCUGUGCGAUAGGCGAUUUGAAAGUGAGGAGCGUCUUAAGAGCCAUUUGGAGUCAGUAGCGCAUUCAAGUCCGUUCGAGUGUGCUCAAUGUCCACAGAAGUGCAAGAAUAGGGUGUCUUUGGAAAGCGUGUGGCUGGACCCUGCUAAAGAGGGUCUGAUAAAAAUUUGA